AAAAACACAUCGUAACAUGUGCGUGACCUUUGGCCUAUUUCUUUGCAUUGAAACCACGCCACGCCAAACACUCGCUGUCUAUAUUCGGUUGCGAAGAGACAGGUUAUUGAACAUUCUGCGAAGAUGUCGAACUCUGAGGCAUUCCUGAAGGCUGCUGAAGAAGCAAAGCAGCUUAAGUCUGAGCCAUCUCAGGAAGAUAUGUUAGAGUUGUACUCGUACUACAAGCAGGCUACAGUCGGAGAUGUCAACACAGAACGCCCUGGAAUGCUGGAUUUUAAGGGAAAAGCAAAAUGGGAUGCAUGGUCCAGCAGGAAGGGUAUUUCAAAGGAACAAGCUGAAUCAGCCUAUAUAGCCAAGGUAGAAAGUUUGAAGACAACUAUUGGGCUGAAGUAAGCUUUAUAAAGAUUCCAGUAGGUGUGAGACUGGACAUUGGCCAAACAUGUCAAAACACGAUCAAUUGUAAAAGUUUUAUUUUCUUUUAUUUUAAGAUGAAAUUUCUUAGCAUUUGCUUUGUACUCUUUUGAGUACACGAUUGACAGUGUUACAACAUUGCAGUUGAUUUUGCAUUUUGAUACCAAAUGUACCCAUUAAUAUUCUAAUCACAGAAAAUCUGUAUUAUUCAAAUUCGAUAUAGCAUUUGAUUACAGCACUCAUGUCCGUUCGUCAAGCUGUAUGAUUAAUUUAACGUUUACUCAAAUUUUAGAUUGCCUUUUAAUAACGUAUUCAUGGUA